AUGGGGACUCUGCAGGUUCCCCAGCAAGCCGCAGUUCUUUUGGCUGCGCUCUUGGCCGUCAGCUUCGGCGCCAUGGCUUGGAAGAAGACAGAGGCGGCAGCGCCGCCGCCGCCGGUCGUGGUUGGCUGCAUCAAGUGCUUGGACUGCUCCCCCAACGAUGUCAAUGCCUUCAAAGACCUGCAGGUAGCGAUCAAGUGCAAAUCCGGCGCCGACGAGACGUACGAGACGAAGGCGCUUGGCCCCCUCGACGACACCGGCGUCUUCCGUAUCCCACUCGCCGCGGAGAUCCUGCGCGACGACGGGAGCAUGGACCGUGACUGCUUCGCGCAGCUCCACAGCUCGCUGGGCACGCCGUGCGUCGGUCAGGCGCCGCCCAGGAUCGCGCCCACCACCAGCCAAUUAGACGGCGGCGACAGCAGCACCACCUACCUCGCGGCCGCGACCGACGACACGGUGUUCGCCCCCGUCGCGUGCGCCUGCGGCAAAAAGAAGAAGCACUACAUGUUCGGCCCGCCGCCGCCGCCGCCGAGGCCGACGCCGACGCCAACCCCGAACCCCCCGACGCCGACGUACGGGCCCCCGACGCCGACACCCACGCCCGUGCCGGAGCCCAGGCCUCCGGCGCCCGAGGAGCCCGAGCCGUUCUUCAAGAAGAAGCCCAAGAUGAAGUUCAUGCACAAGAAGAAGCCGUGCCCGCCGCUCGUCGACGACGACGACACGACCCGGCCUGCUGCGGCAGGCGGGCAGGAGAAGAAGCUCCCCAAGAAAUUGAACUAG